AUGUGGCUGUACCUGGCGGCGGUGCUGGCGGGGCUGUACCUGCUGCGCCGCUGGCACCGGGAGCAGCAGAUGGUGCCGAGGCUCUCGGAGAAGUACGUGCUGAUCACGGGCUGUGACAGCGGCUUCGGGAACCUGCUGGCACGGCAGCUGGAUGCGCGGGGGCUGCGGGUGCUGGCCGCCUGCCUGACCGAAACAGGGGCUGCGCAGCUGCGGGCAGCCACCUCACCGCGGCUGCAGACCGUCCUCCUGGACGUCACCUCCAGCCAGAGCAUCGCCGCUGCCACCGCCUGGGUCCGGGAGUGUGUGGGCGAC